AUGCCAAGAUGUGUAAAAUUAGCAAAUAUUGUCUAAUCUUGCGACUAAUUUGGGCACACCAUUUCGCUCAAAUAUAAAAAUAAGCCAACCCACAAAUCCCUAUUUGGAGGAGUAAUAUCAAUAUUAUACGCUCUAAGCAUCUUUAUAUUCCUGAUGAUGCAGUUAAAAAGAGUGGUUGAAAGAGAUAACACUAUAUAGAUAACUAGUUAUAGAAGAAAUGUAAUUUCAGAUUAAAUUGAAUAUCAUAUGACUUUUGAAAAUUUUGACAUUGCCUAUCGUCUUAUGGUAAAAAACAAGACUAUUGAAAAAAAUUUAGAAAGAUAUGUUAAAGUGUCAAUGGGUGUAUUUAUACAAGAAUGGAAAGACGAUUUUUACAUCAGCAACUUUGUUUAAUUUCCUCUAAAAAUACCAGGAAUUUAUUAUUGUCCAGAUAUACUAGAUUUCAAAUUGUCAGGCUUGCUAUCGUCAAAAAUAACAAAAUAAUUCCAAAUUUAAGUUGAGAGAUGUGAUAGCAAGAACCAAACAUGUGAGAGUGAAAAAGAGAUAGAUUUUGCUCUAGAUUAACUUGAAAUGUCCUUGGUAAUGCUUAAUUAAAUUCCAGAUGUAAACGAUUUCUCAAAUAAUCCAAUAAAAACACAACUUAAAUUACUCUAUGCUACAACUGCUUCUAGUGUUUCUCAAACAUUUGAAGUGAGAUUAAGUCAAAAUUUUAUGGUUUUCAGUGACUCAUGGUUUAGUAAUCAAAUGUAUCUUAACAAUAUAACUUAUUACUCAAUCAAGUAUGACAUAAAUUAUUCUGGAAAAUAUCAGUAUGGAAAUUCAGUGUUGACCUAUUACAUUUUAUUUGAUGAAUAGGUAACUACAACUAUCAGAUAAAAUUAUACUAUUGCUGAUGCUCUUGUUUCAACUGGGGGAUUGAUAGGAGUAAUAUAAGUGUUUCUUAUUUACCUCACUAGUUUUAUCCAGGAGUAACUCUUUGAAUUUAAUAUUUUAAGUGAGCUAUAUUAAAUAGAUUCUAAGUAUGAUCUUUCAUAAUCAUUGAAGAUUCCAAAGACUAACUCCAUCAAAGAAAACUCACAGAUAUAAAAAUAUGACUUUAGAUUAAAAGGCUUGAUGAAAAAUAUAAAAAAUAGAGUUGGCUUCUUAUCCAACUUGAUAGAAUAUUAGGAACUCCAGGAUAAAACAUAAAUGGUCAAUACCAAUAAUCAGCAAAGUGGAUAAAAAAAUAAAUUUGGAUGGAUGUCUAUUCCAGAAUUGUAAAGAAAGCAAUUAAAAAGUUUUCUAAAUUUGAUAAUUAAAAACUCAGAUAAAUCUGAAAUUGACAAAAGAAUUCUUAAAAAUCUUGAACAUAAAAACUAAAUCAAACAAGAUAAAAGAAGUUCUCACCUAUUAUUACUUAAGAAGAAUUUUCUAGCUAAUCUAAACUAAAAGCUUGACUAACAUGACCAAAUAUCUCAGUCUUAGACUAGUUUAUUCGAUUACAUAGAUGACAAUGAUUUUUUGUAGAUUGAUGAAUUAGAUAUUAAAGGUGUUAUUGUUAAACAAAAAAAAUCAGACAUGGAAAAUAAUUUAUUUGUUGAGAAAAAAUCUUCCAUCAAUGAGGUCAGUUUUGAUGGGUUAAAAUUUAAUAAGGAAUCUCAGGCUGAUAUUACAAACAGAGAAUUGAUAUUUGAUUAAUAACUUUAGGAUUGA